CCAACUUUGAACUUUCCCCUCUGUUGCCUUCAGUCGCCCAGCCAUGGAGAUAAAUGAUGUGGAAGAAGAGGAGUUCGAAUUCUCUCGGAAUUACUUUUUGGCGAAAGAGUUGGGCGGCUCCAGUUAGAAAUCCGGCCGGAAGAUCUCCGAUACUGAUCCCGUCGACGAGCAGGUAAAGGGUUUUUCUACCCCGGCCUAAAUGAUCCGGCUGCCGGAGGAGGUCAGGCCUCGGUGAUCUACAUUUUCUUCCUGAACACAGGAGCUAAGAACGGCCGCCAACAACCUUGAGCCGAAACAUGAGAGAGAGGUUGCUUCACUUAUGGAGAGCUAUAAGGCGUCGUAUCCUGAGUGGGUCUUUAUGCUCAGGAGCGGUUUUGGAUUUCUUAUGUAUGGGUUUGGUUCCAAGAAGCCCUUGAUUGAAGAUUUUGCUUCCACCUCAUUAACCGAGUAUUCUGUUGUGGUGAUCAAUGGGUAUAUUCAGUCUAUCAAUCUGAAGCAGGUUGUGGUUGCCAUAGCUGAAGUAUGGUGGGAUCAAAUCAAGGCUAAGAGAAGGAACUCUCCUUUUCAAGCUCAAAACCAUUUAACUCUCGAUCUAUUGACGAUCUUCUUGCAUUUAUGGAUGGGCAAGAGGCAGGCGGAUGAUGAAAAGUCCUUCGUCUGCCUCAUUGUUAACAAUAUUGAUGGGCCUGGCUUCAGAGAACCCGAAAGUCAGCUCCUUCUUGCACGAAUCGCUUCUUGUAUACAUAUCCGCAUCAUUGCCUCGAUUGACCAUGUCAAUGCUCCACUGUUAUGGGACAAGAAGAUGGUUCACACCCAGUUCAACUGGUACUGGUAUCAUGUCCCUACCUUUGCACCUUACAUGGUUGAAGGAGUGUUCUUCCCUUUGAUUCUCGCGCAUAGCAGCACAGCGCAGAGUGCAAAAACAGCUGCAAUAGUUUUACAGAGUUUGACUCCCAAUGCCCAGAGUGUGUUCAGAGUGCUUGCGCAGUAUCAGCUUUCUCAUCCCGACGAAGAAGGCAAGUAAUUCUGACCCCACUCGUGAUGUUGAAUGCUAUAACAAUGAAAAGCUACAUAAAUGGGGGUAAAGUGUGUAAGUGUGUAAUUUGUGGACCUGAGAUGGAAUGAGAGAGCACUU